AUGAAUUCCACGUUCUUUGCAAGAAUUCAAAGUCUUGAUCUAGGGAAUAAUGAACUUAGAGGACCAAUUCCUGAUGUUCUACACAACAUGACUGCGGUUAGAGUGCUUGAUCCUUCAAAAAACUACUUUAAUUCCACCAUUCCACUGUCGCUGGUUAAUUCUAAGAGCAUUGUUGAUCUCAAUCUUGGGUGGAAUGAGUUUGAGAACAUUGAAGGUGGGAUGUUGUCAAUAUUAAAUAAGGCUUGUUCUCUUAUAAGGUCAUUGGAUUUGUCUGGAAAUUCAUUUCUCGGUGAUGUGUUAGGAAGUAACAAGAAUUCAUCAAGAUGCCUCGUGUACCAUUUAGAGUACCUAAGUUUAACUUCUGGUGGAAUUAGUGGUGAUUUGCCAGAUUAUUUAGGGCAAUUGAAGGGUUUGAAGGAGCUUAAUCUUACGGGAAAUUCAUUUUAUGGUCCAAUUCCAUCUUCACUCGGGGAAUUGUCAGGGUUGAGACGUUUACAUCUUGAAAAUAAUCAAUUGAAUGGGACCAUUCCACCAUCGUUAUGGAGAUUGUCAACCUUGGAAUAUUUAUCUCUUUCACAUAAUCAGUUGAUUGGGUCCAUUCCUGAUAGUCUUGGGCGACUAGUAAACCUAGUGGAGUUUGACAUUGCUUCCAAUUCUUUGGAGGGUGUUAUUUCUGAACGUACCUUUUCCAACCUUUCAAAACUGAAACAUUUGGAUAUUAGUUCCAACCAUCUAACUUGCAAUGUGAAAUCAGAUUGGGUUCCUCCUUUUAGCCUCGACCACAUUAACAUGUCAUCUUGUAGAAUCAGAUCAGAAUUUCCCCGGUGGCUUCAGACACAAAAGGAAAUAUCAAAACUAGAUAUGUCGAAUGCUAGCAUCUCUGGUGGUUUCCCAGUAUGGCUUUGUAACAUGUCUUAUCUUUCCUAUUUGGAUCUCUCUACAAACCAAAUAAGUGGAAAUCUUCCAACUUGUGAUGUUGACAAUUUUCAUAGUUUAGAGGUGUUACGUCUGGGCAGCAACUUGAUAAAUGGUUCAAUGUCAAGUACAAUGUGUAAUUUGGAUAACCUGCUGCUUCUAGAUCUUUCAAAGAACAAUCUAUCUGGGGAAAUACCUGAUUGCUGGGGAUGGCAACAAGGAUUAUUUUUGAUAAAUCUAUCAUCCAACAAGUUCAUAGGAACCAUUCCAAGCUCGAUAGGAAACCUUUCUUACUUGACAUGGUUGCACCUAGAUGAUAAUAGUCUCCAUGGAGAGCUUCCUCUGACCCUAAGUGAUUGCACAAGCUUAGAACUACUGGAUCUUGGCGAGAAUAAAAUUUCUGGAAAUAUACCCUCAUGGGUUGGGGAAAGCCUUUUAUUAUUAAGAAUUCUCAAGCUUCGCAAUAAUACGUUCAGUGGUAGUAUUCCAUCACAACUAUGUCGACUUUCCAAAUUGCAGAUAUUGGAUCUUGCGCUAAAUAAUUUGUCAGGAAGGAUUCCUCAUUGUUUUGGCAAGCUUACAGGUAUGACCAAGGACAAUGAUGUGCCCCAACAUAAUAUAACGCUUGCUUUUGGCCCUGUGGCUAGUGCACCUAGUCCGGCAAUAAUUGCAGCACCUACUCCAUCAAUUGUCGAACCACCGCCACCUGUUGCCCCGGCAACUAUUGCACGAGGACCUGGUGUUGGCAUAAAGAGAAGGUCUCAGUAG